AUGCCGCUCGAGGAUGCCUAUUGCAGCAAUGUGGUCAUCAAGAAAGCCGAUUGCACCGAGGUGAGUUUUGCUAAACCGCCGGUCGACUACGAUAACCUUGGCUACUGGAGCCUGACCGCGUACAACAUGGAAGACUACCUGGGCACCGACAGCGCGGCUCUGAGCGCCUACAAGGCGGAGUCCAAUGAUGACGGCAGCUUCUCGAUCUUCGUGGGCAACAACCAGGACUGUAAGUCGAAGGCCAAUCAGAUCGACAUGCCCGAAGGCGGCGCAGCCCUGAUUCUGCGCGUGUAUCGUCCGACCAGUCUUGAAGCCGCGAAGGAAUUCGAGACCAAGCUCGUGGCCGACAACAAUGGGAAGUGA